AUGACGCUGCAGGAUGAUCCUGAUCAAAGACCGGGAUUAGCCGUGAAUCACUAUGAGCUGGGAGAAACAAUCGGAUCAGGCAGCUUUGGAAAGGUGAAGAAAGCCAGGCACAAGAUCACGGGUCAUGAGGUGGCGAUCAAAAUUCUCAACAGAAAGAAGAUCAAGUCGAUGGAAGUUGUGAACAAAACGAGGCGGGAGAUUGAAAAUGCUCUUCGUUUCAGGCAUCCUCACAUCAUCAAAAUGUACCAGGUUCAUUCCAGCCCGACCGAUUUAUUCCUGGUGAUGGAAUACGUCCCAGGAGGCGAAUUGUUCGACUAUAUCUGCGCGAAUGGGCGACUUCCAGAGGACGAAUCAAGACGUUUCUUCCAGCAGAUCAUUUCGGGAGUCGACUGUUGCCAUCGACAGAAAGUGGUGCAUCGAGAUUUGAAGCCCGAGAAUCUUUUGCUGGACAAAAACCUAAAUGUGCGGAUUGCGGAUUUCGGCCUCUCGAAUAUUUUGACCGACGGCGAGUUUCUGAGAACUUCUUGUGGUUCUCCAAACUACGCCGCGCCAGAAGUGAUCUCCGGAAAGCUCUACGCCGGUCCAGAAGUCGACAUUUGGAGCUGCGGAGUGAUUCUCUACGCCCUUCUCUGUGGAACCCUUCCCUUCGACGACGACAAUCACACCCGACUCUUUGCGAAAAUCAAGCGUGGGCACUAUGAGACGCCAGCGAAUAUCAAAAACUCGCCCGUGGAAAGUCUUAUCGCGCAUAUGCUCAAGACGAAUUCUAUGGAACGCGCUACUAUCAAAGAUAUCUUGGAUCACCCUUGGUUCAGAGUGAACCUCAAAGACUACCUCUUCCCAGCUCCUGGACAGCAGCUGCAAAUGGGCAUUGACGUGGAAGCGUGUCAAGAAGUAGCGUCCAAGUUUGGCGUCUGCCCAGAUCAAGUCAGAAAGAUUGUCGAGGAACAUCUGGAGAACCCAGAACUGAAUGGAAACGAAGACCCGAGCCGAUAUCUCGUCGCGUACAGAUUGAUUAUCGAUGGGAAGAUCCUUCAGUCGCAAGAGCCAGACUUUUACCUGGCUCCGAACAAGACGUCCUUGAUCAACUUGAAUGUCCCGAAAAAGGCGCAUCCAGAAAGAAUGCACGAGCUUCUUGACUCCGGACCGGCCGAUAUGGUUGGCGCAGGGCAACAGCUUUCGAAGACGCCGUCAAGUAGACAGCGACCUCGGUCGAAGUGGCAUUUGGGUAUCAGGAGUCAGUCGAACUCGAUGCAUGUAAUGAAAGAAGUGUACCGCGCGCUCCACGAACUCGGUUUUCUUUGGAGAAAUAUCUCGUUCUUCCGAAUCCGAGUGAAAAUGGACUCGAAAAGAAAUCCUGGAAGGCAUGAAAAGAUGAAUAUUACACUUUACAGAAGUCCUAGGUGCUCUGAGCGCAGCCCAGACUAUCUGCUUGACUUCUCAUCCUGUCAGAUGGAAAACGAACGGGAAAAUAACGACAAUCCGGACUGGGGAUCCACCCACUCGACGAUGGAGUUCUUCGAAAUGUGCUCUAAAAUCAUCAACAAACUCGCCCUCCAAGGCAACAACUAG